GUUGUGGGGCGUGGGUCGCUGUCACAGAAAAUAAUAUAUAAUAUCCAAGGUCUGGUUGUCUUUCUCUGUGCUUGGCCUCAUGUAGGUAGCUCUUCAUCUACCCUAACAUGAAUAUACGCACAUGCAUGGUCGAUUGAAUUACUUUUCAUUGCACCUUGACAUUGAUUUGUUAGACUUAUACAAUUUGAAUUAUGUAACAUGCAAAUGCAUGCUUAAGCCAUUGUCUGUAAUAUUCGAUGAUGGUCAUUGUCAAAAUUGCUAGUUUUUUGUUGUAGCAGAGUGCAGACAUCAACAAAAGAAUGAAGUCAAGUUUGGAUACAGAUACAAUGCCUUACAGGACUGAAACAAUAGCUUUACUCUGGAGUCUGGACUGCUAUGCUAUCUGAAGGGCUCUAAAUUGGUCAUAGUCAUGACCUUCCACAAUUUGUGACAUCCAGUGUUUCUUCAGUGUUUUUGCUAUUUGAUGUUCUAUCACUAGGUUUCUGUAAUGUAUUUAUAUUUUGACAGAUUUGACAUCAUACCAUGAAGAGAAAACAUGGUUCUGAAGAGGCCCAGCAAGGCCACUCAACUGAAACAUGCAACAAUGGCCCAGAGACAGGUCCAUCUGAGUCCCAGACCCGAUCCAUAUUUGACCCUGAGCCGGUCGCGAAGCAGCCUGCUCCGGCUCCAGCAGCAGAAUCGGCGCCACUGAGCCGCGCCCAGAAAGCGCAGAUCGAGCGCAACCGCCAGCGCGCCCUGAUGCUGCGCCAGGCGCGGCUGCGCGAGCACCCGGCGCAGGCGGCGCUCGACGGCGGCUGCGACGGAAGGGUGCUGCGCGUGCAGGGCACGCGGCUCGUCGACUCUGGCGGCGGCUUCUUCAUCGACGAGUCUGAGUCGGAGGCGCCGGCCGGGCCGCCGCCGCUGCGCGAAAAGCCGGCCCCGCUGCACAUCACGGAUCGGCCCGACUGCGACGAGUGCGGCGCGCCGGUAGCCUCCUCGUUCCUGGUGGACAGCUUUAACUGGCCCGUGUGCGACCCAUGCCAGAAGGAGAACAGCGACAAGUAUGCCCUCAUCACGCGCACAGAGGCCAAACAGGAGUACAUCCUUAAAGACGAGGACUUUGACAAGCGCGAGCCAGAGCUGCGCUUCAUCACCCGCCGCAACCCGCACAACCCGCGCUGGGGCCAGAUGAAGCUCUACCUGCGACUGCAGAUCGAGGAGCGGGCGCUCCAGGUCUGGGGAUCGGAGGAGGAGCUCGAGCGACAGCACGAGCUUCGCGAUAAGAAAAAGGAAAAGAUCAAGGUAAACAAGUUCAACAAACGUGUGAAGGAGCUUCGUAUGGCGGUGCGUAGCAGUGUGUACAAGCGGGAGCUGACGGGACACGAACACACCUACGGUGAGGAGGUGCACAAUGAUGCAGACGAUACCUACACACGGACCUGUACGGAGUGCGAUCACUCACAAACCUACGAGAAAAUGUGAGCCAGACUGUAAUUGCGGGACUGUUUUGAUGAAUGCAGCAAGACGAGCAACAGUGAAGCAAUAUGAUGAAUGGUGAAAAUAAUGUUGUACUUGUUAA